GCGUUGAGUAUGUCACUGCGGGGGUGAGCGCCGCGGCUGAGCAGCGUCACUUCACGUGCACCACCUCCCCGUUAAAGAUCAAGUGGGGCAGUGCUUGUGUUUUCUUUGAACUUUUUUUUUUGGUAUCCGGUUCUGCCUAAUUUUAACAACCGCGGGGCUCCUCCGGACGACAGCGGCUAAGGUAUAAAUGAGAGGGGAGCGCAGGCGGCGGGCAGCAGAGCUUCAGGUCACAGGGAGGAGCCAUCCGACCAGAGACGCUCAAUCCUCACAGCCUCGUCUCCCGCUCGCUCGCCCGCUCGCACGCAUCCACGAUGGUCUCCCCGCGUGUGCGCAUGGCCGCUCUGGCCCUGAGCGUGUGUGCCAUCCUGUGUCUGGGGAUGCACGCGUCCGCCUUCCCGCCCAAGCCCGACAACCCGGGAGACAACGCGUCGCCCGAGCAGAUGGCUCGCUACAAGGCGGCCGUGCGCCACUACAUCAACCUCAUCACGCGCCAGAGGUAUGGUAAGAGAGCCUUGACCCCGGAAAACUGGAUCUACCGGGACCCGGCAGAGGAGAGGGUCACCUAUGGGUUGGACGAUUAUGCAAUGUGGUGAUGGCGGUACAUCUCAAACCUCGCCUUCCUCUUCACCUCCUCUUAAAUUAUUCUGGCAUCAAGCUUACUUUAUGAGCGUUUAAUAUCACGAGCCCACAUCGUUUACUGAUUAAAUUCAUUGUAAAUAAAUAUUACAUUCACGAGGUAAAAUAAAGACGACUGUCGCAGUAUAUUGCGUACUAAAUCACAAUGUAAUGUGUUUCAUUCUAUGUAACACUAUUUUCAUGCCUGACUGGAGUAUGGUUUAAAUAAAGCUCCUCUCCAGUCACUUGGCUGCUGUGGUGACGUCACGUAACUCGCAUUUUCACCACGGAAAUGACGUGGGUCUACGCAACUGUGUUGGUUCAUGUCAAGCGCCGUUGAGUCGAAUAAAAGUCAAGGUGACGUAAUAGA